CAGAUUAAAAAUAAAGAGCCAUAAACCAGAUUCAACAGUUUCUCAACAUGGAGAACCAGGCCCAAAAUACAAUGGGAGCUUCUCCUUGUGAGGCUGAGCUUCAGGAAUUAAUGGAACAAAUUGACAUCAUGGUAAGCAACAAAAAAUUGGACUGGGAAAGGAAGAUGCGGGCUUUGGAGACGCGAUUAGAUCUUCGGGAUCAAGAGUUGGCAAAUGCACAAACUUGUUUGGAUCAGAAAGGUCAAGAGGUGGGGUUACUUCGCCAGAAGUUGGACAGUCUGGAAAAGUGUAACUUGGCAAUGACUCAGAAUUAUGAAGGACAACUUCAAACACUGAAAUCUCAAUUUUCCAAACUGACAAAUAGCUUUGAGAAACUGAGAUUACACCAGAUGAAGCAAAACAAAGUUCGACGAAAAGAAUUGCCAAACUCCAAAGAAGAAAUUCCAUUUGAACUAAGUAAUUUGAAUGAGAAAAUAGAGGAAUUUAGAGCAAAGUCAAGAGAAUGGGACAAGCAAGAGAUAUUGUAUCAGACUCAUCUGGUUUCUUUAGAUGCUCAACAAAAAUCAUUAUCUGAGAAAUGUAAUCAAUUUCAGAAACAGGCACAAAGUUACCAAAUUCAAUUUAAUGGUAAAAAGCAAUUCAUAGAAGACAACUGCUCUGAAAUCCCUCGGCUAAUAUGUGAACCAGAUCCUAUUUGUGAAACCAAUGAAAGAGAUGAGUUCAUUAUUGAAAAAUUAAAAUCAGCUGUGAGUGAAAUCGCAUUAAGCAGAAAUAAGCUACAAGAUGAAAAUCAGAAGCUCUUACAGGAACUGAAAAUGUAUCAGCGACAGUGCCAGGCCAUGGAAGCAGGACUCUCAGAAGUGAAAAGUGAAUUACAGUCACGGGAUGAUCUCUUGAGAAUUAUAGAAUUGGAACGAUUGCAGUUGCAUAGAGAAUUAUUAAAAAUGGGGGAGUUUCAAAAUGCUCAAGAAAACAAAAAAAGACUUGAGUCAUCUAACUCACCUUGUAUUCAAGAAACAGAAAGAAAAAGGAAAGAACUGUUUUCAGUAGCUCCAGAUCAACCAAAUCAUGAAAAGGAAUUGAAUAAGAUACGAAGUCAGCUCUAUCAGGAGGAAGAGUACCAUAGCUCUGAGCAGGAACGAAUGAAGAAUGCAAUCUCUGACCUAACAGCGGAGCUUCAUCAGAAGGAAAUCACUAUAGCAACUAUCAUGAAGAAAGCUGCCCUUCUGGAAAAACAGUUAAAAACGGAAUUAGAAAUAAAAGAAAAAAUGCUAGCAAAACAACAGGUCUCAAAUAUGAAAUACAAAGCUGUCAGAACUGAAAACACACAUCUGAAAGGAAUGAUGGGAGAUUUAGACCCCGGACGAUACAUGAGUAUGGACCUCACUAACAAGGAACAUUCAAGGUAUACAUGUAUUAACAAACUGGAAUAUGAGAAUGAAAGGCUCCGAAAUGAUCUUGCAAAACUUCAUGGCAAUGGAAAAUCAGCAUGGGGUAAUCAGAAUACAUAUGCAGAAACAGUAAGGGACGCCUGUCUAAGCCAGAUGAAAAUGAAAGAAAAUGAAGAUAGACUAAGUCAAGACUGUGAGACAAAUAAAAGCACAACGUCUCCAUUGCCACCCUUGACAUUUCAAACCAAAGAAAUAGCAAGCCCUUUGAUUAGUGAUGAUGAAAUAUUCCCAUUGUCUCCCCCAGAUAUGUCUAUUCCAGCUUCCUUGGCUGCACAGCAUUUCCUUCUGGAGGAAGAGAAGCGAGCAAAAGAACUUGAAAAACUUCUAAAUACACAUAUUGAUGAGCUACAAAGACAUACAGAGUUUACUCUUAAUAAAUACACCAAGCUAAAACAAAAUAGACACAUAUAG